AACAAACAAAUUCCCUACUGCUGUAGGCAUAACUGGAGUUUGUCUCUUGUAAGUCACUUGCAACAUGGAGCAGUUUUAUUUGACCGCUGUCACUAUUGGUGUGUAUAUUGUGGGUAGCAGCUGGAUAUUGCCGUGUCAUGGAUGUACAUCAUGCUUAGAUAUUCCGCCAUUGUGCCGGGAUCUGCAGAUUUCGGCAUCAGCAAGCUGUGUGGACGUGCCAUGUUCUUAUUCCCUGACUCGCGUGGAAGGGGUCGACCUCACGCUGUGGAAUGGCUGCGGCAAUGCUACCUCCAGAAACUAUAUUGCCACGGAUCUACUAUACAGCAGCAAAGCAGGCACGCCACAACUGAUUACGGUGGAUCCGACCAACGGACUGAUUUACAGAAACAGCUUGGCUGCAACGGAAGAUGUUACCCAGGUGUACCAGUUUACAUACUUCAACUUCGACCUUAGCCUCUCGGUGUCCAGCUCCGCGAAUGUAACGUUCAAUUUCGCGAGCUGUGCCAUAAAACUGAUCGGACCAGCCAAUGGCACAACUUACUGCCCUGCAAUUCCUCCGGACACGAUAAACUCCAUUUAUUACGAUUAUCCGCAGCUCACCUUUACGGCUAGCAAUGUGCCAGAUGGAACCGCCUUGAUAUGGGAUGCGCCAGUUGAUUGCAACUGUCCCGUCAACGGACUCGGCGCUCCACUGGCCGAUGUGCAAGCCGGCAUGUAUUCGCCGGCUGUGCUGGAUUAUGGCGCCAAUCCGGGUGUAAUUCUUGUCAGUAAUUACAACGCCGUACUGAACUUCCCAGCAACCAGUAAAACGGGGAUUUACGGGGCAUCAAAUUACGGCGGCGAAAUCAACUAUUCGGGAUGCCAGACGUUGCGGUUCUCGGUUAUGCCGGUGUCAUCAUCUCCAUAUCUCACUGGCUCCGUCGUUAUUGAGGUGUGCUUCGAUCCAGCUGGAGCAGCAUGCUAUAUUAUUUAACUACCUCAGGAUUCUACGGCUAGAAAUAAAUUAUCGGUUGAAUUACGGUUUUUACUUUCUGUACAGAGGUGCUGUAGCGCUAAUAAUUUAAUAAAUAAUUUCAGGAUUAAGUAAGAAUAUGGUUGGACCCCAUUCGAAUAUUACGUAACGGAAAUUUUCGAAGUCUGUUACCACCUCCCCCACCCUGCUCUGACCUUUCUCCACGUACUACCUAUGGGAGUUAACGCCAGCCAGUUAGUUAAUUGCCCUACGCAUAGUCACAUAACUCUCAGCAGGCUGUACAGAACUGAGAAUACUGACAAUUGUGAGACUGUACGCAUGGACCGUCGCAAUAUAUAGACUAACAAAGCGGACGCGCCGAGAUGUUGAGCGCUUUCACUCGCUCAGUUUGUGACGAUUACCCGUACACGCCUAAUAAUAUAGCACUUCCUUUGACCUCGAAGGAAUUGGGCAUGCAAAUUUGUAUUUUUUGGCACACCGGCUUCUACCACGUUUUUAUUACGGAAGUAUCCGAUCGCUGAAAGACGGUUUGAUCACUAUUAUUUGUACUGAUGUUCGCAAGACGCGUUGAUCACGUGCCUCGUGGAGAGGAAGGAUAUUUUGAUUAUCGUUCCUUCACACGCGGCGCGCUACGUGCUUCGCGUUCUGUACGCACCGAAGAUCAACCUUUUUGAUAAGUCUGUGAAACCGUGACCGAAAUCAUUUAACAAACGAAUUACCAUAAUUAUGACACUUCGAGCCGGUGGACAGCGGGCCGCCGGCAUGGCGCCACCAGCAGAUGACACUUCAGCCGGCGCUGACUGUGGGACGAUGGCUGAAGGUCACGUGCCGCUACUACCACCGCAGUCCCAUCAAUCUCUACGGUCAGAUCGCCUCCGUGGGACCACAAAACAGGUCGCAACCCGGGGCCCUGAUGCCGCUGACCAUGCGUUCGGUAUGGCGAAACGAUGUUAUAAAUGUCGAUGACUAUGCGAAAACCAGCAACAUCAUCAUCAUGUCGGAAAAAUCGAGAACGGCAGGAUUCAAGCCGGUGAAAGACACCACUACAGUGCAGCAAUUGCUGGUCAGUUUGGAGAAUUACAAACAAGCAGCUGUCGACGCGGAGGAUUUCCGCCGUGCCGGAUCGAUUAAGGCACUCACGGAUGAGAUCGCUAAUGUAGGCUCAAGAAGCAUUGGCCCAAGUCAUAAACAAUAACAACAAAUGCUCUAUCGGUACUAAGACGGCCCUCGACCGACGACGGCGGCAGUGGUUCAACGAUAUUUCGAGAAAAGAAAUGGUUCGAACAUUAUUUUUGAAACAUCCGGAUGUUUCGCAAAAGCUUCCAGAAAACAGCUUCCAGCCAAAGAAUCAGUCAAAAUAACCUCUUCCAAACGAUAGUUACGUUGAACUAAGCGAGAUCGUCAUUCAUUUAUAGCCACUGACCCGAUUCAAACCUUAGCUUAAUGCUUUGUUCAACAAUCUUUGUGCCUGACCCGUGCCGUACAACUGGAAGGACUUGCCGAAAAUCGCCACCGAAUACUAUAACCUUCCCACCAAAUGGAAGAUCAUUUCUCGUCAGAUCACGUGAAAGGCGGUCAAGCGUCGAAAGCCCAUGUUUAGGCGCCAUUGGUGCUUCGUCCCAAAUUAUCAUGGCAGCAUCUAGCAACCGUCGCGCUUCUAAGGAGCUCGGUUUCAUAGUGGACACUGAAGACUCAUCUAGAUUCAGAGGAAAUUUGAACGCGGAGUGACAGGUGCGACCACCUUGGAGCAGUGUCGCUGCAAUUCCGGUCCAGGCAACAAUUAUCACCGUCUUUCCCUGCCCUCUCAGAAUGUGAGCCAAGCAACGGUACACGUAAGUUUUUCCAGUUCCACCGGGGCCAUCAAGAAACCAUUGUUUCGGGCCAGAUGCAGUUUCUACCGAAUGCAGAACUUCACGAACAAAUUCUUUCUGCUGUUGGUUAAGCGUCAGCUUAAGUCUUUCACCGUCUGCAGUCUCUUUUUCUGUGUUGUACUGAUCACAAAUACUGCCAACAGGACGUGCUGGUUUCGGUAAUCCUAUCUGUUCACAGGUUAAUCCAUGCUGAAUCAGAACACACUCAACAUCCCAUAGAGCUCUGUUUCUACUUUCCUCUUCCGAGUUAGCACGCCGGUAGUCCUCCAUCAAAUGUUCUUGAUGCGCUUCGAAAAGUCCGUUAGGAUCGGCCGGUAUACAAAAUGCACAAAUGUACGCGAACAUGUCCCUCAAUGAUUUCGGCAUACUGGAAAGACUCGCUUCGGCUAAACAUGCACUCCAUUCGGCAUCAUCAUCUAGAAGUCGAAGUGCUUUCGCUGCUUCUUGAUAGGUGUCAUAUCCCCUAUGGCCGUGCAUUACAACCAGAACGUUAACGGUGAACAUGCGAAGUGGACCGGAACAGGAGGUCUUCAGCAAAUGGCUCCUGGAGUUAGGCGAAGGACGGCUGCAAACUGUUCCGGAAAUGGAAGAAGAAAUGGUUCAGGUGCCAGAUGACUGUGUUUUUGAGGGAUCACCGAUGGAAUUAGUGAAAGAGUUUAUGGUCAGGUAAUCGACCCGUCGGAUGUGGUGACCUUAGCAAACUGUGCUAUCUUGGCGCCGAAAAACGACCAUUGUGCUGAAAUCAACGAUUACGUCGUUAAGAAUUUGUUACCGGGAAAUGAAAAAUCAUACUAUAGUGUGGAUUCUGUUGAAGGAGACAGUACGGAUGAUUUUACGAAUUAUCCUUUGGAAUUCGUACAUAGUUUGACACCCGCUGGACUGCCUCCGCAUGAACUGUUUUUGAAGCCGGGAACUGUAGUUAUGCUGUUAAAGAAUUUCAACGGCAAGGCAGGUUUAGUAAACGGGACCCGAAUGGUCGUACGAUGCAUACACGACAAUCACCUGGAUGUAGAAGUUCCAACGGGGGAAUGUGCCGGACAGCGCGUAUUUUUACCCCGUGUAAUUCUAACGACGUCGGAUCCAACUAUGCCUUUCAGCAUAAAGCGGAAGCAGUUUCCUGUGCGUGUUGCUAUGACAAUCAACAAGUCACAAGGACAAACGCUCAAGCGAUUAGGGCUGUAUUUACCGGAACAUGUUUUCUCUCAUGGUCAGUAAAGCUCCCUCUGGCUCUUUCCGAGACCGUGUACAGGUGGUGGACGCGGUUAACAGCGCACUGGACCGUCUGACAGCGGCACCGGAAAGCACCGACCACUGACCAGUGACCACUCUGCAGGGCAGCAUUGUUUUACUGGAUGCCAUGAUCAAGGAAGACCCGGCCAUCGUCCAGCUCAUCGUACAGACGGUUUUGAAGAUGUUCCGCCAUGUGUUUCCUCUUUUCCCGCAAGCGAAGGAAGAAAUUCCUGGCUGUGUUACAUAUGGCGCUGGGUUUUCCCUUCGCCCGGCUGGCCAGCACCAAUCACGCAGAUUCUCACGCCCUUUGUCGUCCAGAUAGCCCUGCUAACUCUCUCCAUACGUACUCGUACUACUGUUUUGUCAGUUUAAUCUUUAGUAAUAUCAUUUUGAGUAAUAUAUUUAAAAAUUAUUUCUUUGGAUAUUUUGUAAUUUUAAAAUA